AUGGCGGCGCCCGCGCUGAGGAGCUUCGCUGAGGUUGGAGUGACCUUUGAGGACAUUGCCCUGUACUUCUCCAGGGAGGAAUGGAACCUCCUUGAUGAGGGUCAGAGACAGCUGUACCUGAAUGUGAUGCUGGAGAACUUUGAACUUGUAUCCUCGCUGGGUUGCUGCUGUGGAGCAGAGAAUAUGGAGGCACCCACUAAAGAGAACGUUUCUGUAAGAAUGUCACAGGCAAGGAAUUCAAAGGUAGCUUUGUCUUCCCAAAAGAACCACCCCUGUGAGGGUUGUGGGUUAGUCUUUGGAAACAUUUUUCAUUUGACUGAGCUGCAGGAUACAGAAUAUGAACAGAUACUCUUGAGGUGCAGGGCAUGUACAAACCGAUUUUUCUUCAGUGUAAAUGAUGAAGAGCAGCAUGUGACAGAGAAGACUUUCAUUAGCGGUGUGGACAGGAUCUCACGUGGAAACAGCUACAAUUUCAAUGUGGCCCAGAAUCAUUUCACAUGCAGCGAUGUCGGGCAUGGUGUCCUUACUGGGUCCAGACAUUUUCACCUAAAGGCUACUGUGUCCAAGGAUAGUCCAAGUGCUGUUUCAAAGUGUGAGAUGAUGUUUCAAAGGAGAAACAAUUAUUACACCAGAAAAGAAUGUGAGGAAGACAGUAGUUGCAAUCACAAUUUUAUUCCGGAAAAGGAUGUCUAUGCAGGAAGUCAGGGUUUUGUGAGCGCUGAAUGUGGAAAAUAUUUAACCAAAUUUUCUAGCUUUCAUGAUCAACAGCGAGAUCACACAGAAGAGAGACCUUAUCAAUGCAGUGAAUAUGGGAGAGCUUCUAGCUGUAGACACAGCCUAGGUGAUCAUGAAACUUUGCCCAUUGGAGAAAGGCCUUACGUAAGCAGUGAAUGUGCAUCAGCUUUUGCCAGUAGCAGUGCCCUCCAUUAUGAUCAGAGAGUUCACACAGUGAAACAGGCUUAUGCGUACCAUGAGUGUGGGAAAUACUUUACUGAUAGCAGCAACCUUCAUUGUCAUGAGAGAGGUCACACUGGAGAAAAGCCUUAUAAAUGUAGUAAAUUUGGGAACGCUUCCACUAGAAGCGCUAAAGAUUCUUAUCAUCAGAGAGUGCACACUGGAGAAAGGCCUUAUCACUGCAGUGAAUGCGGAAAGUCUUUUAUUACUAGCACUGAACUUCAUUGUCAUCAGAGAGUUCACAUUGGAGAAAGGCCCUACCAGUGCAGUGAAUUUAGAAAAGCUUUUACAACUAACUCUCACCUACAUAAUCAUGAAAGAGUUCAUACUGGAGAAAAUCCAUAUAAAUGCAUUGAAUGUGGAAAGUCUUUUACAAGUAGCCCUGGAUUUAAAUAUCAUCAGAGAAUUCACACAGGAGAAAAGCCUUAUCAAUGCAGUGAAUGUGGGAAAUCUUUUGCCACUAGCACUAAUCUUUGUAGUCAUCAGAGAGUUCAUAGAGGAGAAAAGCCUUAUAAAUGCAGUGACUGUGGGAAAUCUUUUAAAUGGAGGACUCCUCUUCGUCGUCAUCAAAGAGUUCAUACUGGAGAAAAUCCGUAUCAAUGCAUUGAAUGUGGAAAGUCUUUUACAACGAGCAAUGGUUAUCAAUAUCAUCAGAGAGUUCACACAGGAGAAAAGCCUUAUCAAUGCAGUGAAUGUGGCAAAAGUUUUACCUCUAAUACCAACCUUUGUAAACAUCAGAGAGUUCAUACGGGAGAAAAGCCUUAUCAAUGCAGUGAGUGUGAGAAAUCUUUUACCACUCGCAGUCACCUUCGUAGUCAUGGGAGAGUACAUACAGGAGAAAAGCCUUAUAAAUGCAGUGAAUGUGGGAAAUCUUUUACAUGGAGGAGUGGUCUCCAAUAUCAUCAGAGAGUUCACACUGGAGAAAGCCAUUAUGAGUGCAAUUAA